AUGGCGGCGGCGUUGGUGGUGGUGUUGGGGAGGGGGAGGGGACGUCGGGGUGGGGGGAAGGGGAAGGGGAGGCGGGGGCGGGGAGGGGGAGGUUGUGGUGGUGCUGUUGGUGGUGGUCAUGGUGCUGGUGGUGGUGUUGGUGGAGGUUGUGGCGGUGGUGUUAGUGUUGGUGGUGGUGGUGGUGGAGGAGGUAAUUGUGUAGCAAGACGACCAACACCAGUUAGUCUCAUUAAAAGUUUUGAGAAAAACUGUGUUUCAAAUAGAAACAGCAACGAAGAUAAUGGGGAUUCGGAUGAAAAUAGAAGUCCAGGGAUACAGCAAAUCUCUCAAUUCAAUACAACAGUGGCGAGGCAAAGUGAAGAUAUCGAAGAUAUCAGAAUGAUGAAAGAGAACUCAGCUCAGGGAAUUGAGAGAGAACUUGAGAAUUCGGGUUCAUUCCAAGUUGGGACAAACUCAAAAAUUCUGAUGAGUAGAAAUAAGAAGCUGAAACUGAAGCACUUAGCUCGAAAAGCAUCGUUCGGAGAGCUUAAUCCAAUUAUUGGGUUGAAGAGGGGAGCAGUGGAUAGGGGAACAGGACGGGUAGGGGUGGGUUUUUGCUCUACCCGAUCCUACUACGCCGUACAUCAAUCCGCAUAG